CUGAGAUACCUAUCGCUGAGGCCGAGCAAGCCUCAAAUUCAUCAAGUUAUGCCGGACCAAACUCCUUCAUAUUCCUUUGACGACCCCACCCUCUACCUCUUCACCUCCCUCACAGCUGGUUCCUCACAUAUCAUCACCGCUACUUCAAGAUUAGAAACUAUCCUGAAAGCCAACAAGAUCGGCUUUCGAGCCAUCGAUGUCGCCACAGAUGACAAAGCCCGAAUGUUGUGGGGACGCCGGUCAAAGGGAAGGAAAUUACCCGGGCUAGUGAGGUACGGGAACAUUGUUGGUGACAUCGUGCAAAUCGAGGAAUGGAACGAAUACGGCGAACUCAAGGACCAACUUCGAGGGGAUCCAACCUCAGCGGCGCUCGCGGCGGCGGACAUCUCACCAGUUCCCUCCAGCACAAACACCCCCUCCAAUAAACCACCAUCAGCAACACUCUUUCCACCGUCCACCACCUCAUCCUCUCCACAUAUCCAGAUUGUGGGAACCCCUUCGCGCACACCCUCGGCCCAGUCGAAGCAGGCAGAGCGCCUGACGCUGGCUCUCAAGCAGGCAAGCGAAGAAGCCGCCGCAAAGGCAAAGGAAAACACGCGCACCAAGUUGAAUGCGGUGUCACCAUCGUCUACACAAGGCGCGGAACAGGCAGCGGCGGAGAUGACUACUUCUACUACUACUACUACUACUACAGGUGAGGAGAAGCCAGCUGUCAAAACGGAAGCAGAAGGUUUAAAGCCAGAAGAGGGAUCACAGCCAACAUUGAAGUCUGAAGAGAAGAGGGAGGAGGGAGGGCCCUCUCCUUCCCCGCUUCAGGAUGAUGCAGAGGAGAAAGAGAAACAGGAUGCCAAAGACACAGAUAGUGGCGAGAAAGAGGCAAGCAAUGUUGACAACAAGUAGGCCCUCGUGACAGCACGCAGUUAAAAAAAAGGGAAGUGUGGAAUGGAAGUAUGUUGUAUGUGCACCAUGGACAUAUUCCUCAAACUAUUAUGUGCACAUGCGUACUCCGUAUUAUUCCUCUAAUUAAUAAUGAAUAUCAAAUGAUAACACUGGCAUUGCUGGAAUGCA